AUGGGCAUACCACUCCUCGAUUUUCGAGCCUAUGCUCGAGGUAAUGAGACUGAGAAGGCUCGCUUCUGUCAGGAUCUUCGCCAGACGUUGACAACAUAUGGAUUCGCCAGACUUCGCGGCCACAACAUCUCCCGUGCUAUCAUUAGGGAGCUUUUCUCUCAGGCUCAAAGAUUCUUCGCCCUGACUACUGCAGUCAAGGCCAAAAUCGCCCACGGUCCAGCUCCAAACCCUCACCGCGGCUGGACCGCUGUUGGGAAAGAGAAGUUGGCAGAACUUCCCAAACUCAAUGCGGCACGUGAUGGUGAGAGGGGUGUCUACGAUGUGAGGGAGUCCCUGGAUCUCGGGUCCGAGCAGGACACAGUCACUCCGAAUCUCUGGCUGCCCGAGGAAGACCUGCCGGGCUUCCGCGAGUUCAUGGGCGACUUUUACGAGCAGUGCCAUUCGAUGCACAUCCUGCUCCUCGAGGCUGUUGCGCUGUCAUUUUCCCUCGAUCCGCAGUGCCUCGCACGUCAAUGCCAGAAGGACAAGACGGACAACCCGAGCGAACUGCGGCUCAACCACUACCCAGCCACCCGUGCGGCUUCUCUGGCAGCCGGGAAAAAGACGAUGCGUAUAUCGCCGCAUACCGACUUUGGUCUGAUCACGCUGCUGUUCCAGGACAGCGUAGGCGGACUCGAGGUCGAACGCCAGGAACUUGAACAUCGGGGCUGCUACAUCCCCGUCGAAGCCCCCGCGUCUACAGACGAUGAUGCGGAUGGUGAUUUCUCGUCAUCAACAAUGAUACUCAACGUCGGCGACUGCCUGGAGCGCUGGACCAACGGCCUGCUGCCAUCGGCCAACCAUCGCGUCACGCUGCCGCCGCGCCUUAAAAAUCAGCAAGAUCCCGAUGCCAUUGCCCCGGAUCGCUACUCGGUCGCCUACUUUGGCAAACCCGACCGACAAGCGUCUGUGUGCUCGUUGCCUGAGUUCUUGCUGAGCGAAGGAGAUGUGCCCAAGUUCACAGAGCCGAUGACUGCUUGGGAGUACAACCAGUCGAGACUGAUGCAUACCUACUAG